UGAAUUGUUUGUUUUGUCACGAAGAUUUUUAUUCAAAUAAUAAACAAUAACCACCAUGGCUCCCAGUAAGGAAGAGGAAAACACGUUGUCUCUGCCCCAAAAACGUUAUUACAGACAGAGGGCUCACUCCAAUCCCAUUGCAGACCAUUGUUUCGAUUAUCCCGCACAUCCCUCUGAAGUAGAUUGGAAAGAAUUGUACCCCGAGUAUGACAGCUAUUCCCCGGCAAAAUGUGUCGAAUUUGCCGAUAUCGGUUGUGGUUAUGGUGGUUUCCUUGUGACCUUGGGUGAAAUGUUUCCCGAUCGUCUCGCCAUUGGUAUGGAAAUUCGUGUUAAAGUUUCCGACUAUGUUAUGGAUCGCAUUAAGGCUUUGAGAUCAUUAAAUGUAGGAAAAUAUAAUAAUAUAGCUUGUAUACGUACAAAUGCUAUGAAAUAUUUACCCAAUUAUUUUGUUAAACAUCAAUUGGAUAAAAUGUUCUUUUUGUAUCCCGAUCCACAUUUCAAGAAGGCCAAACAUAAGUGGCGUAUUAUUAAUCAGGCGUUGUUAUCUGAAUAUGCUUAUGUUUUAAGAAAAGGGGGUCUUGUUUACACCAUGACUGAUGUUGAAGAUUUGCAUAAAUGGAUUGUUAAACAUAUGGAGGAACAUCCUCUAUUUGAACGCAUUUCUGCCGAAGAAGAGGCCAAUGAUCCUAUUACCCCCAAACUUUAUCAGAGCAGUGAAGAAGGUGCUAAAGUAGUUAGAAAUAAAGGAUCACAUUUCUUGGCCAUAUUUAGAAGACUAUAAUGUUAAGAUUAUAAAGUACAAUAAAGAAUUUGUAGAAAUAUUAAUGAUA